CAUCCCUUCUCCAUUUCCAUCGCUCUCUUCCGCCAUGGCCGAGCUCUUCUCCAUUCUCACCACCAUUAUCUUCUUCCUCCUCCUCCUCUCGUCCUCCUCCUGGGCCUAUUCCGAAGAGCAAAGCAGCUUCGUGCUGGGCGAGAAGCGCGUCAAAAAGCCGGUUUACGAGACGGAGAGCCACUUCCGGUUCUUCUGGCACGACAUCGUGAGCGGGCCGAGCCCGACCUCCGUGCGGGUGGCGCAGGCGCCGUCGGAGAAGAACUCGACCACGUUCUUCGGGACCAUCGUCAUGAUCGACGACCCGCUCACGGUCGGGCCGGAGCUGUCCACCGAGCUGGUGGGCCGGGCGCAGGGGUUCUACGCCUUCUCGGGGAAGGACAGCUUCGGUCUCCUCAUGGCCAUGACGUUCGUGUUCACGCAGGGCAAGUACACCAACAACACCAUCGUCAUCAUGGGCCGCAACGACGUCGUCUCCGAGGUCAGGGAGAUGGCCGUGGUCGGCGGCAGCGGCCCCUUUAGGCACGCUACUGGGUACGCGCAGGCGCGGACGCACACCCUCGACAACAACACCGGCGACGCCAUCGUCCAAUACGACGUCUUUGUCACGCACUCUUAAUCCAUUUGCAUGAUCUCCUAUCUUACUGUUGCUGGAGUUUUUAUAUAUUAUUGAUGUGUUGAUAUUCGUAUACGAUGGACGUUUCUAUGUUCAUUAAUACAAUAAUAAUUUUAUACAAAUAAAAUAUAUUAUUUUUAUUUGA